AUCCAAUCAAAACGCGUACUUUUAAAGGACUGGGAUUUGAAAACCUUAGUGGCGAAAAAUAUAUUCACCCCCCCAAAAAUCGCAAAGCUACGUAAAAUGGAGCCGUUUCACAACGAUAUCUUUAAAAUGUACAUUUACGAGAAUAGGCUGCAGACAUUUGAGGGGUGGCCAUUCGACAAAGACUGCGCUUGCACGCCGGAAAACAUGGCAAAGGCUGGUUUCAUACAUACGCCUUCGGAUAACAGCCCAGAUGUCGCCAUGUGUUUCUUUUGCCUUAAAGAGUUGGAAGGCUGGGAGCCCGAUGAUGACCCAGAGAAGGAGCACAAAUCCCAUUCACCUUCAUGUCACUUCAUUGCCCUGAAGAAGAACGUGGAAGAUCUGACCGUGGAGGAGAUUUUAAAGCUGCAAUUGGAGAAGCACACUUUUGAAGUUAAAAAAUCCUGUAACCAGGCCAUCCAAAAGUUUAAGGAGACAGCCAGUGAGAAAAGAGCAGAAAUAAUCAAGUCAGUUCAGAGUGAAGAUUAGCUAAUGGAGUACACUGGUGUCUCAUUUCUGUAUCUAUUUUGACUUUUGUGUCACUUUGUGUGUCUUCAUUCAUUCAACCUAUUUUUAUUGCUUCACCUCUGUUUAUGCUGACACUCUUUUACUACAAAAUCUGUUUUUCCCCCCCGAUGUGUUUUUAUUGCUUCACCCGUUUAUGCUGACACUCUUACUACAAAAUCUGUUCUUUUUUUUUAUAUAAACAGAUUCUUUUGUUCAGCAUGUCUGUGUAAAUAUAUAAGCGUAAAUGGAAUGAACGCUUCAAUUAGAUUACCGAUGUCUUGUAAAUUUAACAUCCCAGUUUCAAAAGGAUUGCAUAAGGACAUAUUGCGCCCCCUUGUGGAGUCACUUGGCAGAACAGAUGCCAUUUCAAAGCUCACCCACUUGAGGUGAACCAUGACCCUAACCUGCCUCGGCAUCAGAAGCAUCAAGCACACAGUUGGGGACAGAUAAUUACUUCGGAAAUAAUUUAACAGAAGAAAGCAUGCAUGCGAGAUAUUUACCCUAUUUUGUUGUCCUCCCAACAUUUCCAAACACAAUGCAGGGUUGCAACUGAGUAUGUCAUACUGCUAAUUCUCAAUAAGAAGUGACACACAUUUGUUGCACACAUUUCAUUAAGUCUGUCGCUCACAUUCUUUUUCCCCAUACGCGCCAAACCCAAUCAAAGGCUUUGUGUGUUUGUCUGUGCUUGAGAAAAUAAGCAAAUAAACGAGCAGAUAAAGAUAAA